AUGCCUCCCAAGAGAAAAUCAACCGACUCCGCUGCUGGUGGCGCAAAGAAGUCCAAAGGCCCAGCAACCGACCCUGAAGUAGACGUGGAAACCGAGCGCGCACUGAACAAGCGGUGGGCCCCUGUCUCUGUAUCCCGCAACGCAGAUGCGGAGUUCAGAUUGCGAACCCGCGACCCAGUCAAGGCUUUUACUUUUAUUUGUCUGGGACGCGCGCCUUGGAAGACGGAACAACCAGAGGAUGAGUUCGAGGACGAUGAUGAGGAUGAGGAAGAUGAGGAAUCUAUAGAGCAGAAGAAGAAAGAUGAUGCGGAGGCGGACGAUGCCACUGCCCUCAAGCCUGCUUCUGAGCAUCCAGGAGAGAAAUGGAUCUUCACCAACGCCGGCGUGUCGAAGUGGAUCACGCUGAAUCAGGGUACUGACGUGCGCGACCCGGAUAGCUUUAACAUGCAUAUCUACAAUGACUCCUUUGGAUAUGCCAUUAUGGAGUUGGUGGAGAACCUGCUCUUGGAUUUUGAUGAGGCGAAGGGUGACUGGAAGAUGCAGUGGGCCAUCUGUGAAGCGACGGCGCUGUAUUUCCAAACGGAUGUUAUCAUGCCGAUGGUUCACUGUGAUGACGGAGAUACCGUGAAUGCGAUUUUUGUCGCGUUCGCCACAAUGUUCCUUACUAUGCUUGCUACUCUGGAGCGAAAUGAUCUCUUCAAGUCGGACUCUGAAGUUAAGAACAUCGGGGCCAUUAUGGGUCUGUUCAUUCGCUUCAUGGUUGAUAUCGAAGCGUACGGCAUCGACUGGGAUGGCCAGUAUGCGGAUAUCGAGGCUUAUGCCGCUAAGCACGAUAUCACAAUUCAUGGUUUGAAUCACCCGAGCUACGAGAAGCCGUCUGAUGAGACGGUUGAGCUUCCCGAGGCUACGGCUAAUGCCAAUGAUCCCUGGGGCUGGAAAAAGACAUUAGCAAAGCUGAAGAAGAACAACGGUGGGCGUAUAGGCGGUGAUUCGAAGGACAUCACGUCCUGGGCUCCUGCGGAACGCAAGAAGGUGGCUUUCGACAAGAAGGAUCCCCUUUCCCGGAGCAUCAUAACUCAUAUCAAGAAUGGUCGGAUCAUAGGGAUGGGUUACUGA